AUGCGUUCACGUCUGAAUUGUGAUGUGUCGAAAUAUUUUGGAGUGCACAUCGUUUUCCUUCAGUAA